AUGAAAUACCUCUGUGCAAUACUCUCCGUUGCAGCAUCCCUGCUGGGACCACUCAUGUUUGGUCUAACUCUUGGCUUCACUGGUCAAACUAUUGAUACCAUGCAGAAUAAUGUUACUACUGCAGAUGGUAUACCCAUCCAGGUUGGUCCCGAUGACCAUUUGUAUGUGUUUGAUACCUCUACAGAAGGUUCGUUGUUCGGAUCUCUGGUUAACUUGGGUGCUAUGGGUGGUGCUAUCCUGUUGGGUGGUCCUUUCAUUGAGAAGUUCGGGAGGAAAUGGACUCUGUUGUUGUGCUCUCCCUGCUUCCUUCUGAUUUACGUGUGGCAAGCUUUGGCUCACACUUCGUGGCAGUUGCUGUUUGCUCGUGUUCUGGUCGGUUUCGUUGUUGGUGUCGAGUCCGUCGUGGCCCCCACCUACAUCGGUGAGGUCUCUCCAACCGCUAUUCGUGGCGCUUUGGGGGCUUGCAAUCAGCUUUCUAUCACGAUCGGUAUUCUUCUAGCCUAUGCCCUUGGAAUGGGGUUCAGGACUGACGCUGGGUCUACUGAUCCCAAUGCUACCGAUAGCACCUUCUGUCAGUGGCGUACUGUGAGUUGGAUCUACUUGAUUCCGAGUGCUUUAUUGGGUAUCUGCAUGUUUUUCGUUCCGGAGUCUCCUCGCUGGUUGGCUGAGCAUAAUCGUGCUGACGCUGCGAAAAAAGUUUUAUUGAGACUGAGAGGUUCCAAGUCAGUCGAGGAGGAUCCUGAGAUUAUGGAGGAAGUGAAGGCUUAUGAAGUAUCUGCUGCUCACAACGCUAAGAACGUGAAGAAUACUUGGAAGGAGAGUGCUUCGUGGGCCUUCGGUGCGCUCGGUCAGUGCAAAAUGCAGCUGUUCAUUGGUAUCGCUCUACAAGUUCUUCAGCAGUUCUCUGGUAUCAAUGCUGUCAUAUUUUAUCAGACAACUAUUUUCCAGGCUGCUGGACUAGAUAACAAAGAGGGUAUGGCACUUGCUGUUAUGGCCGCUCAGGUGGUCGUAACUUUGAUUGCGUGUAUCAUCAUGGAUAUGGCGGGGAGAAGAAUUCUCUUGGUUGCGGGUGCUGCUGGAAUGUGCAUAGCAGCUGUUCUACUGGGAGUUUUCUUCUUUCUCGAUGAUGUUAACGACAACAAUGUCAGUUGGUUGGCCAUCUUUUCCGCAUUCUUAUACAUUGCUUCCUUCUCUAUUGGUGUUGGUGCAAUCCCAUGGUUGAUUAUGGCUGAGAUCUUCCCCAAUGAA